GAAGGGCCGGAUGCCGAGCGCCGAGGGGAGCAGGGGUCAGAAGGGCUGGAAGCUGGGGUCUGGGUCCCCGCCACCUCUAGGUCCGGGAAGGGAGCGGCCUGAGCGGGGGAGAGCAGGGCCCCGGUGUCAGGUAACGAGCGGUUGGAAUGGGACAGAGCCUGCCUGGCUUAAAAGGUGGAGAAUUCUGAGUGGAGCUUCCGGGUUCAGGAAGAGCCAGCCUGGAAGAAGUGGUCAAGAAGCAAGGGGUUGGGGUGCCCUCAUUCCUCCCCCCCUUUUCCCACCAGAGGACCCCCAGGCUGACUCCUCAAUCUCACCCCUUCCCCACUUGGAGUCCAAGAUCCAACAGACACACAGCCUUGCCCGCCUCCUCACCAAAUAUGCUGAGCAGCUGCUCCAGGAAUAUGUGCAGCACCAGGGAGACCCCUUCGGGCUGCCUGGCUUCUCGCCCCCGCGGCUGCCGGUGGCCGAUCUGAGCGCCCCGGCCCCGGGCCACGCGGGCCUGCCGGUGCCCGAGCGCCUGCGGCUGGACGAGGCGGCGCUGGCUGCGCUGCCACCGCUGCUGGACGUCGUGCGCCGCCGCCAGGCAGAGCUGAACCCGCGCGCGCUGCGCCUGCUGCGGCGCCUGGAGGAUGCGGCGCGCCAGGCGCGGGCCCUGGGCGCCGCCGUGGAGGCCGUGCUGGCCGCGCUGGGCGCCGAGACCCGAGGGCCCCGACCGGAGCCCGCCGCCGCCGCCAUGGCCGCGGCCACUGCCACCGCGGGCGUCUUCCCGGCCAAGGUGCUGGGGCUCCGCGUGUGCGGCCUCUACCGCGAGUGGGUGAGCCGCACCGAGGCCGACCUAGGCCAGCUGGCGCCCGGGGGUCCGGCCUGAGAGCGGGGCGCGCGCC